UCGCCUGGGUACAAGCUCGACGUGAAUUGCUAUUUGUACUCAGUGAAUGUAACCCUCAAAAAUAAUAAAACUGUUCAUGGCAGAACCAGUGAGACCUGUUAUUCGUUCACGUCACCAAGUUUCAUCAUUCUUUAUGUGGUGAUAUUCCUUAUUUUCGUAAUGGCCGCCGUUCUAUCUCAAAGGAAAAAGUUGCGCAAGCCAGCGCCUUCGUCAAAAUCGGUGCCCCGGAAAAGCAGCAUAUCAACGAAAUCUUUGAGUACAAGCAUGUCUAUGACCGAAAAAAGCAAGAAGGGCAAACCUUCAAUUCGCACUACAGGGAAAACGAAAACCGGAAAAGGAGCUGAUAUGUCCACAUCAAGCAGUGAAAUCAAACCCAUCACUAAAUCCCAAGACAAGGCGCCGAAGAAAUAA